AUGGUCUCGUUGGAUCAAUCAUAUACCAUGCUCCCGAAGCACAUGGGCUCCGAGCACGACGACUACAUCCUUUACCCCGAGCCGCCGCAGGGAGGCUUCGGCUCAACACCCAUGGAGAUGGCCGUCCCUGCCGACGCCUCCUACAUGUACCCGACCUCGAUGGCCAUGGACGCGGCCUCGCUCUACGACAACAACUUUAUGUACCAGGGUCGCACAUCGCCCGGUCUCUACGAGGACGCUGAUUUCCAAUUGCCCUCAUCCAACUUGUCCACCGCCUCAGCUCCCUCGGCGGCCUCCUCAAACGUCGGCUCACCGCAAUCUCACCACGACCAGCCGGCGCCCAUCCACGACUGGGCGCAUCCCGGCAUCGCCGUUACCCCUGGCAUCGUGCCCCACGACUACUACAACACCACGGGCACCGAGUACUCGACCUACGGCGGCCCAGGCAUGGAAGACUUUGCGGCCUUCGACUUUGCCAACACCAAGCCCCCGGGUUUCGUGGACCCUUCUCUCAUCCACCCCGAUAUCAGCCGGCCCAUGGCCAUGAGCGGCUUCCACCACAACCCUAACCAGUAUCCCGCAUCACCGGCCCUCUCCGCCUCAUCGCAAUCCAUGGUUCGCAACGGCAGCCAAUCGCCAUUCCUCCAUAACGGCUUCCAGCAGCAACAGCACUUCAGCCCCUACGCCACUCCUGCGGACGCCCGCCGCCCCAGCCUGCACUCGUUUCCUUCCACGUACUCGGACGGCAACAACUACAGCGGCGACGAAGGCAGGGAGAAGCAGAGAUGCCCCCACCCCGAGUGCGGCAAGACCUUCAAGGACUUGAAGGCGCACAUGCUCACACACCAGAACGAGCGGCCCGAGAAGUGUCCCAUCGUGACGUGUGACUAUCACGUCAAGGGCUUCGCGCGGAAGUACGACAAGAACCGCCAUACUCUGACGCACUACAAGGGAACGAUGGUGUGCGGCUUCUGCCCGGGCUCGGGCUCCGCGGCCGAGAAGUCGUUCAACCGCGCUGACGUCUUUAAGCGUCACCUGACGGCCGUCCACGGCGUCGAGCAGACGCCGCCCAACAGCCGCAAGAAGAGCACCGGCACCAACAGCGGCAAGAAACUCGCCGGCUAUCCCCCCGAUGCGACCGGCAAGUGCUCGACGUGCUCGCAGACAUUCUCCAACGCCCAGGACUUUUACGAGCACUUGGACGACUGCGUGCUGCGCAUCGUGCAGCAGGAGGACCCCUCAGAGGCUAUCAACGCGAAACGGCUGGCCGAGGUGGAGAACGACAAGGAGGUGCACCAGACUCUGGAGAAAAACCAUCUGCCGACGCAGACGCAGAUGGCUUCGACAGGGGAGGAUGAGGAUGACGAGGACAUGGUCGAGGACGAGGAUGAGGAGGACAGCAAGCCUCGCCUCAGCUCGCCCUCCAAGAGGAAGGGCAACCCCGUCAACGGGGUGCAGAAGUCACGCGGCCUCACGCACUCGCGGGGCGGGGCGCCGGUGCUGGCCAAGGCCAAAGGUCGCAAGAACCGCCGCGAUUACCCGUCGUCGUGGGGCUUCGACAAGGGCCAGAUGACGAUGAAGAAGCGUGUCAUGGCCGUAUUUGACGGUCCCCGGCGGCUGGCCAAGGACGACAUGAUGCUGUCGACGGAUCACGAGGUGCGCGUCAAGCUAUCAGACGGCAACAGCUACGUGACGGACUUGGACAUGCAGACACUGAAGCGGGCCGAGGGCUUCCUCGGCGCGACAGAGGAGGAGAAAGGGCCGUGGAUCUCGGACGACCCGACCGAGGAACAGAUCCGGCAGAUGCACGAGAUGCUCGAGAGCUGCCACGCGGCUCAGUAA